AAAAAAACAAAAAAAAACAAAAAAACAAAAUAAAAAAAACUCAUUAUAAUAAUAAUACCAAACACAAUAACUCUAAUCACUACAAUAACAAGCAUAUCUAUAUAUCUAUCCUAACUAUUCGUUAACAUUAGUCUUUUAUGUCAUCCAUAAUCACUAUUAUUAUUAAUUAAUAUAUUCAAAAUAACUAACAUAAUCAAUAUACUACUCGGUUAACGAAUUAACAACAUCUCCAUAUCUAGUCUUAUAUCCUCAUUAUUUUUAUUACUCCAUAUAUUUACUUGCUCAUUUAUCCCCAUUUCCAAACCUGCUUUUCUUAUCCUUCUCUCAUUAUUGUUCUUCAAGCUUAUUCACACUAUUGUAUUAAUACUCACAAUACUCACAAUACUCACAAUACUCACAACACUAAUAAUAAUAGCUAAUUUUCUAAUAUCUUACCCCUUAAGUGCCCAUUCAUCAAUGUCUCAAGAUCAAGCACCUUUGCAGUUUCAUCCAUCUGAAAUCAACCCAGCCUCCCUCAACAAUACCAUAAUCGAUUCCAAUCCCACAAACGAUAUUAACUCCAAUAACCCUAAUAAUUAUAAUUACAAUAACCCAAAUGAUCCAAAUGAUCCAAAUAACAUAAACUACUCAACAGACCCAAAUGGUCAAAAUAACUUGAAUAUAUCCCCACCACGAGUAUAUUCAACAUUCAAUCCCAACUCAAUAUCGAACUCACAAGAACUUCAUCCCAUAGGCUCAGACUCUUUUAUUUUCAAUUCAUACACACAAAGCUCGUGUUCUGAUUCUGAUGAAGACGACGAUGAAGACGAUGAAGAUGAAGAUGAUUACGACGACGAGGACGAUAUCGAUAUAAACAACGAAAAUGACGAUGUUGUCAGUAGACAUCUUCAAGAAAUUGACGACAUUGCUGAACAAGUAGCCAACUCAAUCUCUUCAACUGCUGCUUCUUUAAAACUUCGAACUGAUCCAAACUUAUUAUCCCAAGAAUCUAUUGUUUCUGAACUAGAUUCCCCAAGAAAUAUUCCCAAUCCAAACCAAAACCAAAACCCAAAUUCAAACCAAAACCCAAACCAACAACAACAACAUUAUCCAGUUCAGCUUCAGACUAAUAGAGAUAUCGACAACCUUUUAAGACAAAAUGAAUUAUUAGUAUUUAAAAUAAAUCAAUUGGAAAAAAUAAGAGACGACCAAUUUAUUAAAAUCUCAAAUUUUAAAAAAAAAUUAUGGGACAUUCUAGAUUUAUCAACAAAAAACUAUUUUGUAACCAACUCUGACGUUUAUUCAAUUCACAAUAAUGUUGAUCACAAUAAUAUUGAUCAAAAUAAUAUUGAUCAAAAUAAUGAAAUUCUUUCGAUAAAUUCAAAAAAUAUUAAUCAAUUACCCAACAGUAAUGAUAAUAACAAUAAUAAUGAUAAUGACAACAACGAAAUUAACAACAUUAACAACAAUAAUAAUGACAUUGAUAAUACCAGACAAACAAUGAACACUGAGGUUAGCAAAUAUUUUGAUGCGAAAGACGAAUAUAUACCCAGUAGUCAAACCAACGAUUUAUCUCAAAUUAAUGAUAUCCCUUAUGUAUCGAAUGAAGACGAUGAUAAUCAAGAAAACCAAAAUGACGGACAAAGAGAUCUCAACAACCUCAAUGCAGAAUUUAAAACCAACUCUGAUAUCACUAUGAAUGAAACCAAUGAAGAAAUUAAUCGAAAUAACAAUGAACCUCUAAAAGAAAUUGAAAAUGAUGUCCAUAAUAAUAACCGGACUUUUAACAAUGAACAUGCAAAAAAGCCUCCAUCUCAUCCUCCACCUCCUCUUUUAUUUGAUCAUUUAAAUGCUGAUGGAAAGCCUUUUAAACUUAAUAAAUAUAUUCAUACACCAAUGAAACAAUCGAGUAAUGUUGACUUUUCCUAUUGUCUGGCUGGAGAAUACGUAUCCAAUACCUCUGAAACUACUGAUGAUGAAUCAGACAAUGCAGAAAUUGGUCGUAAUAAAAAUAUUAAUAAUAUUGAUAAUAAAAAUGAUAUUAAUAACAUUAUUGGUACUGAUAAUGACGACAUUGAUAAACUAUUUGCAAAAAUUACUGAAGCAAUUAAUUUAAAUAAUAGUAAGCUAUCCUCAGUCUUGAAAGAUAACUAUACCUUUGCUGAGAAAAAUAGAUACUUGGAUGCCAAAAUCGUCCAAGUAUUUAGCGAAAAGGACAAGUUAUCUACGAAAUUAAUUGACAUUAAUACAGAUUUAAUGGAUUUGAAAAAUUCAAAUUCAGAUUUGAUUUCAAGUAACAUAUCUUUGAAAAAUGAAGUGGCUCAUUAUAAGAGAAAACUUGGUAGAUUAAAUGAUUCCAAUAAUGUUUUAUUAAACAAAAAUAGUAAAAUUGCCGAAAAAAAUAAAAGUUUAAUUGAAGAAAACUUGGAAUUGAUGAAAGAAAAUUCAAAAUUAACAAAUCAAUUAAAUAAAUUCUCUAAUGAACUAACACUUAGCCAAAAUGAAAAGGAAAAUAUUGAAAAGAACUCAAGUCAAUCAAUAGAAAUGUAUUCCAAAAAAAUAAAAUCGGUGUCAGAAAGAUACAAUAACUUAAAAUUGAGAUAUAAAGAUUUAAAUAAUGAGAUUUUGAGUUUAAGAGAGGAAAAGGACAAUAUGAAUGAAAUCCAUAAAAAGGUACUUAAAAAAUAUUAUAGAGUUACUGAAAAACUUACAACUGCCAGAGAAACCAUCGAUGAUCUUCAAAAUUUAAAAAAUGUUAACGAUUUCUUUAAGGAUAAAUAUAACGAAUCAAAUGUUGCCAUUUUUCGAUUAGAAGAUGAAAUUAAAAGGUUGAGAAUGAAGUUGGAUUUGGUAAAAAGUGGCAGCGAUGAUAAUGAAUCAUUUUCUCAUUUUCAAAAUGACAGAUAUUCUGAAUAUAGAGCGUAUCAUCCAAGCAUGAUGAACAAUCCUCUUGAAUCUCGUUCAUCAUUAUAUAACUAGCAAUGCAUUUUUUUUUAAUUUUUAGUUCAUUUGAAUUCAUUUCAGCUCAUUUCAGCGCAUUCCAACUCAUUUCAGUUCAUU